CGGGUUUUAAACGUGUUUAAUACGGGAUCCAUCAAAUGAACGGUAAAAAAAGAAACGGCUUGACAAUAAUACGGAUACGGAAGUUUUAAACGGAUAAAUUACGUACGGGUACAUAUACGUGUAUUAAGCGGACUAUUUACUAACUACACAAAUCCAUGAUCUAAUCAAACAAAUCAAUAAUAAAAUCCAAUAAACAUCAAUACUCUUUCAGAUCGAUAAUAUCACCAAAUCCAUCAUAAAAUUCGAGUUUUCCAAAUCACAAGUUUUAUCAAAAACUUCUUUUUUGAAUCCAUUAAGCAAACCACCCCCUUUAAUCUGACAAAGCAGUGCUGCAAUACAAACGCGGCCAGCCAGGAAUAAUUGUUUAAUAUGGGUUUCGAUUAUGGGCUGGGCUGACGAUGGUUUGGUUUGAUGUACUUGUCCGUAAUGAAAGGCGGCCCAAAGACUAGAUGCGAGCCAUGACUAAACUUUUAAAAUGGGCUUAAAUUUCAGCGGGAUUGCGGGAAGGAAAACCCUAGCCCUGGCUAGAAGCAUCCAUCCGUUUUCCCGCGCGUGAUACACACCUGCCUCGCACAAAGAAAAAACGCGUGGAAAAACUAGUAUUCAAGCGCCGCAGCCGCACUGGCUGCUCUAAAAAAAAUACAUAUUUUCCCACCUCCACCGUCCGAUCUCAUUCCAGCUAAUCGAUCCGCGUCACCCCGGUUCUCGACGGCCUAGAUCGGAGCUGCAAAGCUACUGGUUCAAACACACGAAGCUGCUCGUCUCUGUUCCUCCUACCUGCCCCUCUCUUCGCUCAGACAGCUCCCAAUUUUUUUUUUCUGAUUUCAAUUAUUAUUAUUUUCCUGGAAAAGAGAUUGGAAAUUUGAUUGCCUUCCGUUAGAUUUUCCCGAUCUGUUCGCUUGGACGGAAAAAAAGAAAUAACAUGAAAAUCACGGAGCUGGAAGGGAAGAAUUUGAAGGAGGAGGUGAUUGCGAUUUCCUCCUCCGAUGACGAGGAUGACAGCGACACGGAGGAAGGGGAGGAGGUCGAAGCGCCGGAAGACGAAGAGGACGUCGACGAGGAGGAGGACGAUGACGACGACGGCGACGAUUCCGACGAUGACGGAGAUGACGAUGACGACGAGGAUGAAGGCGUCGACGAUGACGACGAUGGUGAGCAGGCCUUGAACGCCGCCGUCGGUCCACCUGUCGUGUCGGUAGAAGACGAUGACGACGAAGGUGAGAUAGAGAACCAAGAGGAAGCCGAAGGUGGAGACGACGACGACGAUCACGACGACGAAGAGCAGGGAGUGAUUUACGAUGAGAACGAGGAUGGCGACGGCGACGAGGAAGGUGUUGAGGACGAUGAACCAGAGACGGCGUUGAACUCCUCCGCCCCGCCAGUUGGCCAGUCGGUCGACGAUGAUGACGAACUCAACGGCGAUAACGAGAACGACGAAGAGGACAUCGAUGGAGGUGAGGAUGACGACGAGGACGAUGAAGUCGACGACGAAGAAGAUCAAGCAGAGAAGGAAUUGGGAAGCGAAUACAUACUUCGCCGGCGUCCAAAAGAGGAGGAAGACGCGAUAGACCUGGAACUCGAGGAGAACGGCGAGGAUGAAGACGACGAGGAAGAAGAGGACUUGGUGGACGAAGAUGAGGAGGAAGAUGAAGCUUCGAGAUCUGCCGCUGCAAAACGGAAAAGAUCGAGGAAGGAUGACUCUGACGACGAUGCCAGUGAUGGCGGCGAUGAUGGCGAGGAGGAGGAGGACGACGACGAACACAGGCCAUCGAAGCGAUAGGAAGAACAGGUUUUUUUCUUGGCGUUCUUUGGAGGGCUCACCCAGAACCCAGAAAUUGAACCCUUACAGGUCAAAUCUCUUUUGUCCCUCAUCUCUUUGUGAAAAAAAACCCCAGUAUUGCUAUGUGGAGGAGGAAAACUGGAAAAAAGGAAUAUUAUUAUCGUUCUGUUGUUCAUCAAGUAGGUUGAGUUUGUUUGGGAGGAGUUUUGGGUUACAAGACUAUUUAGAGUAAUGUUUUAGGAAUUUUAGAAUGUGUUAUUUGUAAAUCUUAAUGAUGGUCCUUAUACAUUAAUCCUUUUUUGCUUGGCAUCUUGAAUUGAAUGAACAAAAGACUCGACAACGCCGUGAGGCUUUCGAUUUGAUGGGAUGUGGUGUACAUGGUUUGUGUAAUGUUGCACUUGUUCGCUAAUUUGGUGAUCGAUUUGUAACUUUUACAAGUGAAAAUGACAGAGUCAUGAACCCAUGAGUAUAGCCAAACAGUUAGAUUGUUGUAUGCUGAAGACUGAAUGUUGUUCAGUGGUAAUGUGUAUGCAGCUGGGUCAGUGAAGAGUGAAGAGGAGUAUCAGAGGCUCGGGUGCUGCUCGUUCGAGCCCGUGGUUCGUGGUGCCACAGCUUGCUCACUGUGAAUGCAGUAACGUACUCAUUGGCUGAUUGUUGGAAUAUGAAAGUCGGUUGAACCAAUAGGCAGUAGGGUAAAUACUAAAUACUAAAGGCAAAGGUGCUCUUGUCCUUUUGCUAAAAGUAUUGGAAACAAGGGUCCCGCCAGCGCACAUUGCAUGCUCGGACGCUUAGGGCUUAAUCGUAAUUUGCCUUAUCGUCGUGGUUCCAUUGCAUAUUUUUAGUUGUUAACCUAAAGAAAAUCGAAAAUCAUCCUUUUCACUAGUUCAGAUUUGCCUGCUAGCCGAAAUACUUUGUAGAGAUCCGGGACGGGAAAACAGAGCACUAAAUUCGUGUUUGGGCUGGAUCGGUAGUAUGGGUAAGCAGUUAAAGCCCAUUCUAUUAUUUAGCCCAAGAUCCAUUUGCGGCGACUUCUCUAGCGGGAGGUGACGUUACCCUAACCCUAGAUGCCUCCAACUCCAAGCGCGCUCUCGCACGUGACAAGCACCUGACUGAAUAAAAAAAAACGGGGUACUCAGCCGCUGCCGCAAACGCAAUGACGUUAUCUACUAAGAAAUACAAUAUUCUCGA